CCACUUUUUCAUUGAAGUACGCACACAAGUGAGGGAUUUCUAGGCAACGUGUCACCGGUCUGGCCAAGCAAAAUAUUCUCUUCUCCUGGAAGUCUUCACAAGGCCUGCUAGAUUAAGGAAAAAUGAUCUCCAAAAGUUUGCUAGUUUUUGUGGUCAUUGGCAUUGCUGCUGCUUUGGCGGAGGAGGACUCGAAUGCUCGCCUGCUAGUGUCCAAGCAAAUCCUGAACAAAUAUCUGGUUGAGAACAAGGACGUCGUGGUGAAAUACACACUCUUCAAUGUUGGCAAUGGAGCCGCGGUGAAUGUGCAACUCACAGAUCAUGGAUUCCAUCCGGAAGCAUUCGAUAUUGCUGGAGGACAGCUCAGGGCACAUUUCGAUCGCAUUGCACCGCAGACGAAUGUGACACACAUUGUUGUGGUCAGGCCCAAAUCCUUUGGAUACUACAACUUCACUGCCGCUGAAGUUACGUACAAAAUCAACGAGGACUCAAAUGUGAUUCAGGAAUCGAUCACUUCCGAGCCAGGCGAGGGUGGUAUUGUGGCUCUGGUGGACUUCAACAAGAGGUUCUCCUCGCACUUCUUCGACUGGGCAGCUUUUAUUGUGAUGAUUCUGCCUUCACUGGUGAUUCCAUUCGGAUUGUGGCACUCUUCCAAGUCGAAAUAUGAGAAAUUCGCCAAACCAUCAAAGAAGGGACACUAAAGAGAUUUGGAUUUUUCCCAAACAUCAUUCAUCCCACUUACUUUCUUCAUCUGAACAUCGCGCACUGAGUGAGGAAGAGAUUUAAGGAAAUCAAAUCCUUUUGUGUACCAAGAAGAAUGAAGAAAAGGCUGAGAUUUCCACAGAUGA